AUGUCGCUGGCCAAGCGACCAUUCGCCGAGGUGGACGACAGCGGGGAUCACCGGCAUGAGACUUUACGGCAGCGCCAAACCCCGCCUCAACCAUCUUCCGAUUGCCGGGGCCGGUGGUCCGUCGACUCGGACGAGUUUCCAGAUUCUCUGUCGCCAUGGUACGAUGACGGAACACCACCGCAAGCCUUUGAGGCCGAUGCCUCGAUUGUGCUUGUCGGCAUCCGAGGUGCCGGCAAGUCGACUCUUGCCAUCAUUGCCUCUACCGCCAUGAACAGACGUGUUGUCGAUUGCGAGAAGGCAUUCCAACAAGCGACGAACUUUUCUAGUCCCGUCUUCAAAAGACUAUAUGGGCCACUUGAGUGUCGGCGGCGGCAAACCGAUGUAUUGCGCGACACGCUGGCGAACAACUGCAGAGGAUGCAUCAUUGUCUGCUCAUGGGUGGAGAAGAAUAUUCGUCGUCUACUGCGGGAUUUCUGUCGCACAAAUCCUGUUGUGCACAUCCUCCGCGAGAGCGAUGUUGUCCAGAGACACCUCAAGAUCGAGGAUGAAGCCAAGGCUAGCAACCUGAUAGCCUUGAGCACCUCUCUGUUUCGUGGGUGCAGCAACUUUGAAUUCUUCAACCUGUCCGAGAACCUCUCUCGACAUGUCGACUCCCAGACAGACAAUGCCAUCAGCAAACCGCGAAGUCCUGCGCCAUAUCUCACGUUGAAGAGAGCAGAAAGGCACUUUCUCAAGUUUUUGACCCUGGUAAUGCCUGCUGGAAGCAUACCAUUCAUCGAAUCUGCCUUUCCUCUGGCUUCUGUUCCUACGCAUGAAAGAAAGUUUACAUAUGCGCUUUCUGUCACACUUUCAAGCCUGUUGGCUCGUGAGAUAGAUACUGAAGAGAUGGAAAUAGGAGCCGAUGCGAUUGAGAUUGUCGUUGACGAUUUGGUCUGCGGCUCUAGUGAAGUGAGUUCAUUGACUCCGGAGAGAGCAGCACUCAUCACCAACGCCCUUGGAUCUAUCCGGCGCAACACCGUCAUACCAUUGAUUUAUCAUGUGUUGAAUCCGGGGAAUGGUCCAUCGCGCCCGUUUUCAAACAACCCAGAGGCCGUAUAUGUGGACUAUGUUCUACAUGGCCUGAGACUUGCUCCCGAGUUUGUCACGGUGGACAUGCAGCUCAACGAACCCAUUUUCAAACAGGUGGCAUCGUUGAGGCGAAAUUCCAAGGUCAUCGCUCAUCGCGCCCCUGUACCGGCUUUACCGUGGGACAGUCCGGACUGGCUCCGGUAUUAUGAGGAAGCUAGGAAGUUCGACUGCGACUUGGUUCGUCUCGUCAAGCCGGCGUAUGAUAUGCAAGACAACUUUGACGUGCAACGCUUCAGAGCGUCCGUUGAUCUCCUUGGCGAGCCCCGUAUACCAAUCAUUGCUUACAAUACGGGCCGCCUUGGUCGACACUCGACAUGCUUCAAUCCUAUCCUGUCUCCGAUCACGACUACAACCGGCUCCGGAGAUUUUACAAGGAUGGAGUCUUGUCAUGAUCCCCAGUUGACAGCCAUCGAUGGGAUCAAAGCCUUGUAUUCAUCAUUUGUCUACGAUGCAAUGAAGCUGUAUGUUUUUGGUGCAAACGUAUCGUACAGUUUGUCUCCAACAAUGCACAACGCCGCGCUGGCAGCCUACGGCAUCCAACACAUAUACAGACCCUAUUCGACCCCAACCCUUGGUGGUCUCAAGGGUCUUGUGGAUGAUCCUUUCUUUGCGGGAGCUUCCGUUGGUCUGCCAUUCAAGGUUGAAAUAAUCACCAUCACCGACAGCCUGAGCAGGCACGCCCGCGCAAUAGGGGCCUGCAACACCCUCAUCCCUAUUCGACAUUUGAACUCUGAUGGCAGCGUGCCAGAUGAUCCAACUCUACUGUUCAACAGUCGGAACAGAGCCGGGCCCAUCAAAGCUCUGUACGGCGAAAAUACGGACUGGAUCGGCAUCAGGGCCUGCAUUCGUCGGGGCCUAUCUCCGGCCAAUGCCGUCCGUCCAGCAAGCUGCGGUCUGGUCAUCGGAGCCGGUGGCAUGGCUCGAGCAGCAGUUUAUGCCAUGCUUCAGCUUGGGGUCAAGAAUAUCGUCAUAUAUAACCGCACCGUUGCCAAUGCCGAGAAACUUGCCCGUCAUUUCCGCCACCUGCUAUCCAAGGGCGAUCUGCCCCAGCUCGAUAACACCAGUACAGUGAACAUUUCACAUUCGAGUCGAUCCAGCGGCACCUCGUCACCGGCAACAACGCCGCGCUGUACAGAUGCAAGAUUUCACAUUAUUCGUUCGCUAGAUGAUCCGGCUAGCCAAGAAUGGCCACCAGGCUUUACGUUGCCCACCAUGAUCGUAUCAUGCAUCCCGACGCACGAGGUGAACAAUACGCCUCCGCCAAGCUACACUCUCCCGCCGGCAUGGCUCGCCAGCCCCACGGGAGGAGUUUUUUUCGAGCUCGAAUACAAAACGCUCGACUCGCCGCUUCAUGCACAAUUCCGACGCGAAGCACACAGGGGAUGGGUAGUCAUGGAUGGAUUGGAUCUACUUCCAGAGCAGGGGUUUGCGCAGUUUGAACUAUUUACAGGUCGGAGGGCCCCGAGAAGACUAAUGAGGAGGGUUGCGCUGCGAGCCUGGAGCGAGGAGCUUGGGAGAUCGGGGCCUCUCCAGCUGGAGCCCAGGCUGAGGAACAUUGUAGAGCAGGAGCCUUGA